UUUUCUUGUCAUUUUCACAUCCUCGUCUCUUCCUCGCCUCCGAAAUACAUGCAGCAAUUCAACGAACAAAACUCCCAACGGAAAUUCAAUUGCUGACCCGAUAACGCAUUGGUUUUUGCCCGAAAUCCUCUGUAGAAGAAGCCUUAAACAACCCUUUUUGAUGAAUUUUUAUUCAAAAUUCUUUGAAUCAAAACCCGUUUCUGAAUAAGGGACCCCAUUUUUGUUUUCUUUUUUUCUUUUUUCCAAAUUUUUUCCUUCAUUUGGAGGGCCAGAGAAAAGGAUUAUUUUCUGGGUUCCAUUAGUGAACUUCAUUUGCAUUGAAGGCAAGAAUCCAAAGAGGUCGCAUGCAAAUUUGUGGGGUUAGGAAUGGGCGUUGAAGCAUUGUUGGGAAUUUUGUGACGUUGAAAGAAUAUAUAAAAAAGAGGCCUGUAUUUGUGUGCUUGAGGUAGAAUCUUUCUUCAUCCUUUGUUUUUUGGGUUGGGAAUUGCUAGAUAAGCUGAAAAUUUUCUGGGUUUUUUCCCCUUUUGGUGUUCUUUUCUCCCUUUUGUGGGGGGCAACGCAUUGAAACAAAGAAGAUUUAUUGGUAUGUGCAUGCAUAGCUGUAGAUAUGGCUAUGUGUGUUCUCGUUUGGGUCCAAUCCAAUGAGGACGGAAUAGUGAUCAUUUGAGAAGCGAUGGACAUCAAAUUUGUGGUCUUUUUUGUUGCUUUUAUCUCUGUCUUUGCGGCAAAUGGUUCAGAAGGAAAUAGGAAAUUAGCAGAAAGUUUCCUAGACAAUGGAGGUUCUCUGGAUGUUCAGGAAAUCGAUAAAGACAAGGCUGAACAAGUAUGGAAGAAUUGCAGACAAGAGUUAAAAGAUUUGGAGCUACAUAACUGGCCAAUCAGGAGUCAGGAUGAAGUUGAAUUUGAUCCAACCUCGUUGGUGAAAAGAAUUAUACAGAAGACUAUAGCUGAUCUGCCUCCAAAGAAGAAGGAAACUGCUUUGGCAUGUCUGAGAGAGAAAAAAUUUCCAUCCCGUGUGUUGAGAGAUGAGCAAGAAACUUGGUCAGCUAAAUAUCAAAAGCUGCUUUCUGGUUUGGCUAGUAUACCAAGAAGGUUACUGAGGCGCAAAGUGCCCAAACAAGUUGUAAGAGCUGCUGCUGCCCCAGUUCCCGCACCUCUUCAGUCUCCGGUUAAGCCCCCCUCUCCUCCAGUUAAGCCGCCCCCUCCAUCUUCAGAUGACGCGCCCCCUUCUUCUCCAGUUAAGGCGCCACCUCCUACAGAUCGUGGACGAGCUCGUGCACCACCGCCACCAGCCGUUGAUAGUCCUCCAGAAUUACCAGACGUUGAUAGUCCUCCAGAAUUACCAGACGUGGAUAGUCCUCCAAAAUUACCAAAACAAGUUCCACCUCCAUCCCCCCCACAAGUAAACAAGAGUCAUGCAAAGUAUAUUCUAAUUGCUGCAGUUUCAAGUGCAGUAGCGGCACUUGCAGUUUUUGCUCUAAUCGUACUUCUCUGUGGGAAGGAAACUAAGAUAAUUGAGCCAAAAGAUGAGCAAAGAGACGUGAAGCCUCUUCUCAACUUAAGCACCAGUAAUAUUUCUGCAGGUGCUGCAGUAAAGUCCAAAGCCACGCAUAGUAAUACCGGCAGUAAAGAUUUCAAGCCUUCUUCAACUGCUGGCGGUUCAUUGGAUGCUAAUCUCAAUUCUUCACAAGCUGAAUCUCUGUCAGAAUCUCAGUCAAAAUCUCAGUCAAGAUCUCAGUCAAGAUCUCAGUCAAUUAAAGGUAAUUCAGAAUCAGAUACAAAAACUUCAACCUUACCACUUCCUCCAGGAAAACAAGCACCUCCACCUCCAACUUUCCAACCACCACCAACUCCACCUACACCUCCACCUCCACCUCCACCUAAACCCCCUGCUCCCGCCCCUCCACCACCUCCUAAUGUUCGUCGUCCUCCAAAUCCACCAGCGCCUGCAAAGCCUCCCCCCCCACACCAUCGGCGAUCUUCUACAGGAGGGACGAGUGUAGUUUCUGAUGAAUCUGAUGCUCCGAAGGCCAAGUUAAAGCCAUUCUUCUGGGAUAAGGUUCUUGCAAACCCGGAUCAAACAAUGGUCUGGCAUGAGAUUAAAGCAGGGUCAUUUCAAUUUAAUGAGGAGAUGAUGGAAACACUCUUUGGAUAUGUCCCAGCUGAUAAGAACAAAAAUGAGCAAAGAAAAGAUUCACCUUCCUUUGACCCUGGUCCACAGUUUAUUAAGAUUAUUGAUCCUAGAAAAUCGCAGAACCUAGCAAUUCUUUUAAGAGCAUUAAAUGUCACAACAGAAGAAGUUUGUGAAGCUCUCAACGAAGGUAAUGAGCUCCCACCGGAGCUCGUCUCGACUUUGUUGAAGAUGGCACCAACAACGGACGAAGAGCUAAAGCUUAGGUUAUAUACUGGAGAUCUUGCUCUUCUUGGCCCAGCCGAGAGGUUCCUCAAGGUCUUGGUUGAGAUUCCAUUUGCCUUCAAACGUCUGGAAGCACUGUUGUUUGUAAGCACAUUCCAGGAGGAAUUUUCUUCACUCAAAGAGGCCUUUGCAUCUUUAGAGGUAGCAUGCACGGAGCUCAAAAACAGCAGACUCUUCCUGAAACUCUUGGAAGCUGUUCUCAAAACCGGAAACCGCAUGAAUGAUGGCACAUACCGUGGUGGUGCUAUGGCCUUCAAGCUCGACACUCUCUUGAAAUUAUCAGAUGUGAAAGGAACAGAUGGAAAGACCACACUACUUCACUUUGUCAUCCACGAAAUAAUUAAAUCGGAAGGUUUAAGAGCUGCUCGCAGAUUAAAAGAGAGCCGGAGUAUGUCCAGUGCGAAGACAGAAGAUUUUGCUGAGGAUCCUUCACAUGAACUUGAAGAGUACCACCGAAGCCUUGGUCUUCAAGUUGUUUCUGGGCUUAGCAGUGAGCUUGCGAAUGUAAGAAAGGCUGCAGUCUUUGAUAACGAAAAUCUAAGUGAAGCAGUGGUGAAACUCAAUCAUUCACUUGUGAAAAUAAAACAAUUUUUUGAAACUGACUUGAAAAGUAUCGAGGGAGAGAGUGAGUUCCACAGUAAUCUUUGUGGUUUUAUUCAACAAUCAGAAUCCGAUAUGAUAUGGCUGGCAGAAGAAGAGAAACGGAUAAUGGAUCUGGUGAGAAAGACAGGAGACUACUUCCACGGUAAGGCCGGAAAGGACGAGGGCUUGCAUGUCUUUGCAAUUGUCCGUGAUUUCUUGUUAAUGUUGGACAAGGUAUGUAAAGAUGUGAAAAGCUCCUCAGCGUUGCCAUCAAAGACGGCAAGAAAAGAGACUGUAGCAUCAUCAUCUUCGCCACCUUCUCAAGAAUCACAGUCUGAAUCAUCGUUGGAUAUGCACCGACAACUAUUCCCGUCAAUGAGGGAGCAGCAAAUGGAUGACGACUUCAGUUCGGAUGAUGAAAGCUGACCUCUUCAUUUCACUGACUGACUUUUGAAGGUUCUCAUACUUGGGGCUCACUUGGGCUCGUGUGGAGAUGCGAUCUUGGGAGGUGAUCAUACUGUUGGAUGAUAGAGAGCCACUCGAUGACAAGAAUAUACAAGUGUGAAAGGUUAUUGCGAUACUUCUGUAAAUGAGAAAUUAAGCGACGAAAUUAAGGAAUUCCCUCCUCUUAUAAGAUGUAAAUGAGAACACCUGUUGAUCAUGCUUGUGAUGAGGUCCAAACCUUUUUGUGUCUCUUGAAUCUGAAUGGUUGUUACUUGUCAGGAUAGCAAUGUCACAAAUUUAUACUACAUCAAUAUCAAU